AUGCGUGGGAGUCAUCACGUGCAUCCCAAGAAUACGCUACCUAGGUCUAGUCGCAACGGGAAAGAAAGUGGCAACGUGAUUAGGAGCGAGGAGUUAAGCAAUCAGGCAGCAUUGGUUGUGGGAGGAGUAGCCCAUCAGUGCAGCGCGGCGCGGCCGUGUGUCCCACCCCCACCUCGUGCGUACCACACUGGCCCCCGUCAGAUCUCAGCGCGCGAUGCGGAGGCGGCGGUGCUGACGGCGCUGAGGGAGGGUCGUGCCUAUCGUCAUCUGUCUCUGGCGGGGGACAUGCUGUGCUUCACCAUGUGCAGUCUAUGGGACGCAUUUCAUUUGCCUCCUCAAUUCAUGCAGGGGGCGGUGAGGGCGAGUGGGCUGGCGAGGGAGAGUGUGUUUGUGACGACCAAGCUGUGGAAUGCCGACAACGGCUACGACGCCACGCUGCAGGCCUUCCACCGCUCGCUCAGCGAGCUGGGGCUUGACUACGGUGGGCUUGAAUAUGGGCUAUGGUGGAUGGGAGGGACUAUGGUGGAUGGGAGGGACUAUGGUGGGUGGGAGGGACUAUGGUGGGUGGGAUUAUGGUGGGCGGGACCAUGGUGGGUGGGACUAUGGUGGGUGGGACUAUGGUGGAUGGGAGGGACUAUGGUGGGUGGGAGGGACUAUGGUGGGUGGGACUAUGGUGGUGGGAUUAUGGUGGGGACUAUGGUGGAUGGGAGGGACUAUGGUGGGUGGGACUAUGGUGAGUGGGACUAUGGUGGGAGGGACUAUGGUGGGUGGGACUAUGGUGGGUGGGAUUAUGGUGGGUGGGACUAUGGUGGGUGGGAUUAUGUGGACCUGUACGUGCUGCACUCGCCCAUGCGCGUGGACGCGCGGCUGGACUCGUGGCGCGCCAUGGAGGACCUGCUGAGGGGGGGGCGAGUGAGGGCCAUCGGGGUGAGCAACUUCGGGCAGCACCAGCUGGAGGAGCUGUUCGAGCACUGCACCGUGCGCCCCGCCGUCAACCAGCUCGAGCUGCACCCCUUCGGCACGCGGCGCGCCCUCGUGGACUUCUGCGUGCAGCACGGCAUGGCGCUGCAGGCCUACUCGCCCCUCACCAAGGGCACUCGCCUGCGCGACCCCACGCUCGUCGAGCCGAUGGUGCCAUCAUGCUGCCCCCUUGGUGUGUCCACCCCACGUGUGAGUGGCAUGGGAGGGCAGAUGGCAGCGCCGGGUAUCAGAAGAGCACUGCGCAGCUCAUGGUGCGCUGGAUGCCUGCAGAGCGGCUUUCACCGUGCUGCCCACCGCUCCGUCAACCCCGCCCACAUCGCCGCCAACACCCAGGUGCCGCCAACACCCAGGUGCUGCCAACACCCAGGUGUCGCCAAAUCCCAGGUGCUGCCAACACCCAGGUGCCUCAACACCCAGUGCUGCCAACACCCAGGUGCUGCCAACUCCCAGGUGCUGCCAACACCCAGGUGCCGCCAACUCCAAGGUGCUGCCAACACCCAGGCGCUCUGUAUAGCAGCUGUGCUGUAUCGCAUUCCAUUAUCCUUCCUUGUGCCCCUGCUUGCACACACGUUCCGUCUGCUGCUAUUGCCUGAUGCCACACAUGUGCCCGUCUGCUCUGCUAUUGCACACAUCAUAUUGUAUUGA